AUGGCUGUCUACCCACCCUCUUCAGGACAGCCUCAAAUGAUAUGCAUCAACCCCCAAGAUCUCUUGCUGUUCAUGCAGCAGAUGACGUCUGCUUUUGGUAGGGGCACUUCUAUGCGUCCACCUCUACCAGAAGUUGUGCACAUAACUCCGCCAAUGGUGCCAUUGGUAUCUACAUGUGAGCAAGUUUCAUCUAUACCUGCGGCACCUGCAACACCUGCCGCACGUACCGCACCUGCGGCACCUGCGCCACCUGCGACACCUGCAACACCUGCGACACCUGAUGUGCUGAUAAUGGACCCUCCCCACUCAGAAGAUCGGGAAAGGUCAACUUCUCAUGAACGGUCUCCUUCACCUGAUUUCGCGUGGAUGUUUGAUGAAGAUCCACCUGCAGUUGUGGAAUCUGUGUUGCCUGCUGAAAGGGCUCCCUCUCCGUAUCGUCCAAGUUAUUUUAACUAUGACAGGGCUAGUACCACUUCAAGACGAUCAAAGCCUUGUGAGACAUCCUGGAGGGAAAAAUCGUUCUUGCCUGCUGAAAGGGCUACCUCUCCGCAUCAUCCAGCAAGGCAUUUUAACUUUGACAAGCCCAGCACUAGUUCAAGCCUCCUGGAGGGAAGACCCACAACCAUCGGACGCAGUAGGAGAGCUUCAAGGACACCCUCUCCUCCCAGCUCCCGAUUUGCUGAAAAGAAGAGGACCAGUAGACACCCUACUCCUGAUUGUUUCAAGGACUUGGAUCCCAGAGCACGCUCUCGAUCUCCAUCUGCCACAUUCCUUGAUGACGAGAGUUCUUGCUCUCCAACUUCUCUGCUUCGAAGCAGAGGGUAUAGGAAUGGUGAAAAGAAAGUGAAGUCACCAAGCCCUGCGUUUUUACGGGACUUUGAGCCCUCUGUGUCUCCAGGAUUUUCCUUCCUGAGAGGCAAACCCACCUCUGCCAGACAAAGUGAUGAGAAAGAGAGGUCCCUAUCACCGGACUUUGCUCCCUCCACGAACAAGAAACCGAAAGAGGCAGACCCAGAUUACUCUCCAAGCACAUCACCGAAGACAGCACCCAAGAAAAGGGGGAGACCACGCAAGCAUCCUCCCAAACCAGCUAAGGGACGGACUCCCAAGGCCCCUGUAACUUGCCCUAUCUGCAAGGAAGACACCGCUGGGAGUUGGGCUGUAACGAGGUGUGGGCACUACUCCCACAAAGAGUGUCUGGACAAGUGGUUGCAGACACCAGGCCAAAUUCUGCGUGCAAGAAAGGUGUGUCCAGUCUGCAGCCUGGACUUUGAUGCGAAAGAAGUGAAUCCUAUCUACUUUGGUGAAAAGUAG